AUGUCCGAGAUGCUGACCACUGUGAUCACCAAGAAGAUGAGUGGCGAGAUGCCUGUGGCUGUUCCAGUCCGUUCAACUAACCCUUUCCACAUAUCUGGAGAUGUGGAUUUCUUCAUGUUCAGAGACCAGGAACGGAAUAAGGCUCGAUUGGAUCGGGAGCAGAAGAAAACCAUGCAGGUGCACGAAAAGAUGACGUACUCCUCCAAGAUGUCAGCCAAGCACACGAGCCUACGGCGAGAGCUGCAGCUGGAGGAGGAAAAGUUGGAGCGUGAGAUUCAAGCAGAGACUGUACAGCUGAAUGCCUUCCGAGAAAACACAGCGUGGAAGCUCGCCAUCACCAAAGAAAAGAGAAUGGAGUUGGAUAACAUGAACAGCUACAUCGACCACAAGAGGCAGAUGUUUCUCAUCCAGUAUGCCCUGGAGAUGAAGCAGAAUGAAAUUCAGCGGCUGGAGAUGCUGAUAGCCAAGGAGGAGGCUGAGCUAGAAUGGGCCGAAAAGUCCCUGGAAAAAGAUGCAGCCCUGUUUGCUGAGUUUCUCAGAGAGAAUGACCGCAGCUCGGUGCAGGCCCUGAGAGCGGCUGAGAAGGAGACCAAAACAAAGAUAGAAAUGAUCUUUGAGAUCAAGGACCUCACCACUCAGAUCAUGAACAUCAAAAGCGAAAUCUCUAAAUUUGAAGACACUCUGCAACAUUACAAGGUCUGCAAGGAGUUUCUAUACAAGCUGUCGCCCAGGGAGUGGUUCGAGGAGCAGAAAAAGCAGUUGGCUCUCAAAAAGGCCAAGGAGGUGGCUGACACCUCCAAGGAGAGCAGCAUGCUCUCAACUCCAGGGGACAAAGGACCCUCCCUCCAGAGUAAGACGGCCUCCCUGUGGGCCAAAGAGGGGCAGGCUGCAAAGAAGGUUCCAAAGCUGCUCCAGGCAGUCCGCAUGGGGAUGGCAUUGUCUCAUAGUGGUACCCUCCAGUCAAACAGCCAGUUCAGUGUGCCCAGCGAGCUGGAGUUCAAAGGCUCAAACUCACCACUGCCACCUUCGCAGGAGGACUCAGACAGCGAGGGCGAGGAACUGAAGCUGUACUUCACCGAGCCUCAGCAGCUCCUGGAAGUCUUUACCACGCUGGAAGAACAGAACCUCUCGUUGAUCCAGAACACACAGGAGAUGGAGGAAACCUUGGAGGAGCUGAGCUUCACUCUGAAGAACACCCAGAACCGCAUGGACCGAGAGGUCAACCAGCUGAAGACAUUAAUCACCACAAUGAUGAUGUCCAUUGCCAAAGAGGAGGAGAUGGCCGCGGAGCUGGAGCUCAAAGCCCGAGUCUUCCACUUUGGAGAGUACCAAGGUGCUCAGCAGGACAAAUUGCUGGAGAACCUGAACUGCAAGGUUCUGGAUGUGUACCGGCACUGCGUCGGCACCACGCAGGAGGCCAACUUGGGCACAGUGCAGAUGCUGACCAUCAUUGAGCACCAGCUGGAUGAGCUACUUGAAAGCCUGGAGUGUGUGCCCCCAUCCAAAAUCGAGCAGGCUGAGAGAUCCAAGGAGAAGGAGCGCCGCAUGAGGGUGCGGGAAGAGAAGGCCCGGGUGCAGAAGCAGCUCCAAGAGGAGCGCCAGCAGCGAGCUCGGGCGCGGGCUCAGGCUGACAUCAAGAAAAAGAAAGGCAGAAGACUGGUAUGCCGCUCCCGGCCCCCAGUUCUCAAAGCAAAGAAAGAGUCCGAACAUACUCUUAUGGAUAAGGAUAAGGAAGAACAGCUCUUCUUCUUCACUUAA